AUGAACAUCAACCCCUCCAUUGACACCACCACUCCCAAUGAAAGCCUACGUUUCUCUUUUGACAAUCUAGAGACUGGCUCUUUCAUUGACAUGGAUCCCAAAUUGAUCUCCAUGCGUUGGACUUAUGAUUCACUUCAUGACUUUGAUUUCAGUCUUCCUUCUUGCCAACCUCCGGUAAUCUCUCCUGCCGAUCAAAUCUUCUCCGACGGCCGUCUUCUUCCUCUUCAGCAUCCUCCGGCCAGCUCUUCCGAUCACUCAGUGUUAAACAGAUCACUUUCUUUAGACUCAUGCAAGUCUUUGCUCUCUCAGAGCAACCGGCAUGGCAUGCAGUUAGGGGUUGUUCAUGCAACUCCGACGAGGCUUUCUUCUUCGCCGCCGUCGAAUAUCAAUCACAAGUAUUCAAAAUCUCCAAAGAAGUUCAUCUGCAAGUACUUUUGCUUUCUCGUGCCUUUGUACAAGAAGAUGAAGUGCUUUAGACUCAUGGCUCCGGCGAGGUCUGCGAGGAUCUACACUGAUUCCGUCGAGACGUCUCCGAGAACAAGCAAUGUUUAUGCGACGAUGCUCGACAUGCGAAGCGAGUCUAUUCAUGAUGCUGUUCUUUACUGCAAGAAUUCCAACAUUGGAGGAGGGUUGAACAAAUAA